CUGUUAGUUAAUGUUCAUGUUUUUCUGCAGGUAUGUUCAGCAGCUCCAAGCUGAAACACAGCACCUCCGACAGCGCCGACAAGAAUGGAGUGAAGAACAGACUGAAGAAGUUCAUUACCAGACGUCCAUCCAUGAAGACUCUGCAGGAGAAAGGCCUCAUCAAAGAUCGGGUUUUCGGCUGCCAUCUGUUGACACUCUGUGAACGUGAAGGAACCACAGUGCCGAGGUUCGCUCAGAUCUGUUUGGACGCCAUUGAGAAGCGAGGUCUGGAGGUCGACGGGAUCUACAGAGUUAGUGGAAAUCUGGCCACAGUCCAGAAACUUCGCUUCAUCGUCGAUCAGGAGGAGGACCUGGACCUGGACCACAGUCAGUGGGAGGAUAUCCACGUCAUCACCGGAGCCCUCAAGAUGUUUUUCCGGGAACUACCUGAGCCACUAUUCCCCUUCAGGUUCUUCCAGCCGUUUGUUGAGGCCGUCAAGAUUAAAGAAACCAAACACAAAGUUCAGGCUGUGAAGAAACUGGUCCAGGAACUGCCCAAACCCAACCAGGACACCAUGAAGGUGCUCUUCAGCCACCUGCACAGAGUUCUGGCCUUUUCCAGGAAGAACCUGAUGUCCACUCAGGGCAUCGGCAUCGUGUUCGGCCCAACGCUGAUGUGGCCUGAGCUGGACGCAGGAAAUAUGGCCGUCAACAUGGUCUACCAGAACCAGAUCAUCGAGUUCAUCCUCAUCGAGAGCCGAGAAAUCUUCAACCUGGACAGGAAGUAAAGUGUCCUGAGGUGGAACCGACCAUCUGACGGGCUCAUAUUUAAACAGUCUUUGUUUUUGGCUGGAUUGUUAACAAUAAACGGAUGGUUUCUGAUCAAUACAAA